CCUCAGGUCUGCACCCACAACUGUUGCAGCGCUGCGGAGGUUGCUACUGUUUGGGAAGCUUGGAAGGCUGGGGUGAGGAGCCUCGGGAGAGGGCGGGGCCGGAGGCUCGGCUCUGAACGGCAGAGGUGGUCUGCCCUUUUCCAAGAGGAUCCCAGAGGAAGACUGGUCUUUUUCUGCAAAUACCAAAGGCAUGGCUCAGGAGUCAGUGAUGUUCAGUGAUGUGUCCAUAGACUUCUCUCAGGAGGAGUGGGAAUGCCUAAAUGAUGAUCAGAAAGAUUUAUACAGAGAUGUGAUGUUGGAGAAUUACAGCCACCUGGUAUCAAUGGCAGGACAUUCUGUUUCUAAACCAGAUGUGAUCUCCUUCUUGGAGCGGGGGAAGGAGCCCUGGUUGGUUGGCAGAGAACUAACAAGAGACCAGUGGCCAGUCCUGGAAUCAAGAUGUGAGACCAAGAAAUUAUUUUUGAAGAAGGAAAUUUAUGAAAUAGAGUCAGCUCAGUGGGAGAUAAUGGAAAGCCUUACAAGACAUGACCUUCAGUGCUCUGGGUUCAGAGAUGACUGGGAAUGUAAUGGCCAGUUUGAGAAACAUGGCUGUCAGGAGGGACACUUCAGCCAACUGAUGUUCACCCAUGAAGGCCUGCCCCCUCUCAGUCAGCACCCAUCCUUUACAUUCCAGCAAAUCAUCAAUAAUAAAGAGAAAUACUGUGGAACUAAGGAAUAUAGAAAAGCCUUUAGACAUGACUCACAGCUUACUACACAUCAAAUAAUUCAUACCAUUGAGAAGCCCUAUGAAUGUAAGGAAUGUGGAAAGGCCUUUAGACAUCCCUCAAGACUCAGUCAUCAUCAGAAAAUUCAUACUGGCAAGAAACCCUUUGAAUGUAAGGAAUGUGGGAAAACAUUUAUUUGUGGCUCAGACCUUACUCGACAUCAGAGAAUUCACACUGGCGAGAAACCCUACGAAUGUAAGGAAUGUGGAAAGGCCUUUAGUAGUGGCUCAAACUUCACUCGACAUCAGAGAAUUCACACUGGUGAAAAGCCCUAUGAAUGUAAAGAAUGUGGGAAGGCCUUUAGUAGUGGCUCAAACUUUACUCAACAUCAGAGGAUUCAUACAGGGGAGAAGCCCUAUGAAUGUAAGGAAUGUGGCAAUGCCUUUAGUCAGAGCUCACAACUCAUUAAACAUCAGAGAAUCCAUACAGGGGAGAAGCCCUAUGAAUGUAAGGAAUGUGAAAAGGCUUUUCGUUCUGGUUCAGACCUUACUCGACAUCAGAGAAUUCAUACUGGUGAGAAGCCCUAUGAGUGUAAGAUAUGUGGGAAGGCCUAUUCUCAGAGUUCACAACUUAUCAGUCAUCACAGAAUUCAUACUGGUGAGAAGCCCUACGAAUAUAGAGAAUGUGCGAAGACAUUUAGUUACGGCUCACAACUUAUUCAACAUCAAAAUUUGUACUGGCUUAUGCCUAAAACCAGGUUUUUUUCAACAAGUGCUUCAGUGAAGAUGAUGAUCCUUGGAAAUGCAACAUGGCUUUCUCACUUCAGAGUUGAGAGUGAGGCUCUUGGUCACAUCCAAUCAUCCCAGGUCACAGUCCCACAGGAACACAGCAGAAGCGCACACGCGCGUCACACAAUCAGGCACACACGGAGGGACUCCCAUCCACGGUGUGCAAGGAAGGCCUGGGGAAAACAAGUAGCAAAACCGCGCCACAUAAAUGUUCAGAAUCAAUUACAGAUACGUUCACAGAAACCGUCACAUCCAAGACCUCGCAGGCCAACACGACACGCUCGGUCCCACGGUGUGACACCCGAUCCAGUCAAAAUCUUCACAAGCCACGGUCCGAGCCGCGAGGUAGCGCCUCUCAAACCCAAACCAGCCACACCCAGAGAAAACUCGCACCCAGAACCUCUCCAAAGACACACAGCGCCACGGAGUAGGCGGCAGGGAGGGUCGUAUUUACGCACGUCCCCCUUUAACGUGCCGGUGGCCCGUGCCCGCCCCGCUCCGGGCUCGCCGGGACCUUCCCGGGACCAAGAGCCGGGGGGCCGGCGGCGCCGGAGCCCUCCGAGGUCCCCGCCUCCCGCGGCGAGCGGGCGGGGGAAGCUCCGCGCGCCCGGGCUGGCGGCGCCGGCGCACUCGGAGCCUAGAGAACGAGCUCCCGGCAGCCUCCGCGCGCGGCCUUGGGGGACUUGCGGGUUCCGUCCCAUCCUCGCUUACACGGAAUAUCCCCGUGAGGCAGGUGCGACACCCGAGGUGAGCGGUCCUGGUUCCGAGGGUCGGAAAGGCGUGGCCGCCUGGCACGGAGCUGGCUUUAGCCAGGAUCUUUUAGGGGGAGGGAGCAGUUUUUCUUGGCACCCGCCGGGAUUUGCGCCACCGCUGCUGAAGGCAAGUGUGCUGCAAGAAGUAAAGUGCAAGGUCCUGCAGCCACAGACCAAGUGUGAACCCUCGCUGCUGCGGCUGACAACUCCCAGCCGGGAUGGUGUAGGGGGAGGGAGCAGUCUCUCUUGGCGCAGGCCAGGAUUCUUGCUGCCAUUGCCUGAGGCACGGGGCGCUGCCGGAAAUGAGACAUGUUUGGAUGAUCAAGAUACGCCAGAGUAUUCAAGAGGCUGCGCCUGUAGCAACAGGAUUCUUCAAGAGCACAUAGGCAUGCUGCUUCAGGGAUCAUUGAUGUUCAGUGAUGUGUCCAUAGUCUUCUCUCAGGAGGAGUGGGAAUGCCUGGACUUAGAACAGAGGGACUUGUACAGAGAUGUAAUGCUGGAGAAUUACACCAACUUGGUCUCAUUGGGAUGCUUCAUUUCUAAGCCAGAUGUGAUUUCUUUGUUGGAGCAAGGGAAGGAGCCCUGGAAAGUUGUGAGGAAAAGAAGGGGACAAUAUGCAGAUUUAGAGACCAGGUAUGACACCAAGAACUUAUCCUCAGAAAAUGACAUUUAUGAAAUAAACCAAUGGACGAUAAUGGAAAGAAUUAAAAGCCAUGGCCUUAAGGGCUUAAUUUUAAAAAGUGACUGGGAGUCUAAAAGAAAAUUUGAAGGACAGGAGGAAUAUUUUAGUCAAGUGAAAAUUACAUCACAAAAAGUGUCAUCUUACCAAAAACGCACGUCUCUAACUCCACAUCAGAGAAUUCAUUUUGUAGAGAAACCCUAUGAAUGUAAAGAAUGCGGGAAGGCCUUUAGAGUGCGCCAACAGCUCACUUUCCAUCACAGAAUUCAUACUGGUGAAAAACCCUAUGAAUGCAAGGAGUGCGGAAUGGCCUUUAGACAGACUGCACACCUUACUAGACAUCAGAGACUUCAUUCUGGUGAAAAACUCUAUGAAUGUAAGGAAUGUGGAGAAUCUUUUAUAUGUGGCCCAGACCUUCGAGUACAUCAGAAAACUCAUACUGGUGAGAAGCCCUAUGAAUGUAAAGAAUGCGGGAAGGCCUUCAGAGUGCGCGGACAGCUUACUCUGCAUCAGAGGAUUCAUACUGGUGAGAAGCCCUAUGUGUGUACAGAAUGUGGGAAGGCCUUUAGACAGUAUGCCCACCUUACUCGACAUCAGAAGCUUAAUAUUGCUGACAAACUCUAUGAAUGUAAAGAAUGUGGGAAGGCCUUUUUGUGUGGCUCUGGCCUUAGAGUCCAUCACAAACUUCAUACUGGCGAGAAACCCUAUGAAUGUACGGAGUGUGGGAAGGCCUUCAGAGUGAGACAGCAGCUAACACUGCACCAGAGGAUUCAUACUGGUGAGAAACCCUAUGAAUGUAAGGAGUGUGGGAAGGCCUUUAGUCGUGGGUAUCAUCUUAUUCUUCAUCACAGAAUUCAUACUGGUGAGAAACCUUAUGAAUGUAAGGAGUGUUGGAAGGCCUUUAGUCGUUACUCACAACUUAUUUCGCACCAAAGUAUCCACGUUGGUGUUAAACCUUAUGACUGCAAGGAAUGUGGGAAGGCUUUCAGACUGCUCGCACAGCUUACUCAGCAUCAGAGUAUUCAUAUUGGUGAGAAACCCUACAAAUGUAAGGAGUGUGGGAAGGCCUUUAGACUGCGCCAGAAACUUACUUUACAUCAGAGCAUUCACACUGGUGAGAAACCUUUUGAAUGUAAAGAAUGUAGGAAGGCCUUUAGACUUAAUUCAUCCCUUAUUCAGCAUCUGAGAAUUCAUUCUGGUGAGAAACCCUAUGAAUGUAAGGAAUGUAAGAAGGCCUUUAGACAGCAUUCACACCUUACCCAUCAUCUGAAAAUUCAUAAUGUAAAAAUAUAAGAUAGUUUUUCAAUUCUGUGUUGUAGAACACUCUAUGAAUGUAGUAAUUAAUCCCUUUUGCUUCCUUCAUACAGGUAAUUGACUUGACAUAAGAGGUUUUAUAUCAUUAAAAAUAUGUUAAUGUAUUCCACCAUCACUUAAAUGUGAUCAACUUCACAUUUAUUCUAAAAACUAAUCCUAUCAAUGUGACAAAUGUGGGAGACACUUAUGUCUGUCCGGUCACUUUCCUACUUGUAUUAUAUUGACAAGAUGCUUAACUGCUCUGUGCUAUAAUCUUUUUCAUUUGUAAAAUGGCAAUAGAGUACUGUGGCAGAAUAAAGAUGAUUGCAAAUUGUUUGACAUUCUUCCCUCCACGCAUUAAUAUCUGGAAUCUACAUCCAUUCUUAAGCUGGGCAGACCGUGACUACUUUGACUAAUAGAAGUACUGCUGUGCCAGUUUCCAGGCUUUACUGGUAGAUUUUACUUCAUCUCUUGGAGUGCUCCUUCAAGCUUAGGCCCUGACUUCUGUUAAAAAGUCUGGCUGCUCUGCUGAAGAGACCAAUACAGAAGCCCUAAGACCAUAAAGAGAGGAAGAAGUACCCUUCUGAGCUCAGUCUUCCACACAUACCUCCCAAGACACUAGAUGUUUAAGUGAAACAGUGUUGAAUCCUCCACUCAGCAGCUGAGUGCCAUUGAGUGACUUCAGUUGAUACCAUAUAAAACAGAUGAAUCAACUGAGCCUCUGCCCAAAUUCCUGAGCCACAAGAUCAUGAGAUAUAAUAAAAUGAUUGUUUUAAGUCGCUAAAUUGUUUUAUUAUCAUUAAUAUUACUCCUUUGAAAAUUCAUAUGAAAGACUGGGCACAAUGAAUAUAGAAAGGCCUUCCACCAACACUCACUCUUAGUGAACUUCAGAUAACUUACUCUUUUAAAAAUAGUGGAAGUGAGAAAUUGUUUUUCAAUUUGUUCAUAAAAAAGCAGAUAUUCUACCAUCUACACUCUCUGGCCCAAGUCUAAAUUUAAUUUAAAAUUAACAAAGAAUAAUGUAAAAAGAAACUUUGGAAAUUAAAAAUUACUUGUAACUCCUGUGUUGGUUUUAAAAAAUACAUUGUAGCCUUUUUUUGUGCUCUGAUUGUCCAAUCUUUCAUCAGCGGGAAUCUCCUCAAAUUGGCUCCUAUGUCCUUUUGUCACAACAAAAGCUUUGAUAGCUUCCUUUUUCCCUAACCAAAUGCGCUGGUCAGGGAUGAAGCAUCUUAGAACACUUAUUGAUAAAUAAAGGGAAAGUGGAGCAUUAAUAUGUCUUUCCCUUAUGAUCUAUAUUUUAAGACAAUCAAAAGUCGGUGAAGAAAAGUUCUUUAAUACUAGAGAAGUCUAGUUAAUAAACAUCAAAGGAAUGAUAGAAUUUGAAAACUCACUCUUUAAUUUCUGAAAUAAUGGAUCUUGGUGGUGAUAUCACUGGAUGCAAAAAGAUCAUAAGGUGAAAAAGAUUGAUAGGAUGCUUUUAAUGGAAAAUGGCAGAACCUAUCUACAUUAACAUCUCAAUAAGAACAGCCCUGCUAAGUGCAUCUCGCUUGUGCACUGGCUACUUACAGCAUCAUUUGUUAAGUGUUCUUACCCCAAAUGUUGACUCAGGAGUAAAAGUUUGUCUCUAAAUCUAAUUACCAGGUUACAGAAAGCUUGGGGAAUUAAAGGAACAAAUUAAUGACACAAAGAAGCAAACAACCAAACCCAGAAUGUGCAAAAUUCCACAAAAUAAAUGGUCUUGGUUCUUAACCAAUAGGUUAAGACAAAAUAAAAACAUGUUACAAAUCAAAA